AUGGCCGCAGCUGUGACGAGUCGAUCCGAGAAGGGCGGCGUGUCGCAUCUUGAAGGCAUGCCGGUGAACGUGGACGAAAGAACAACAAAGAUUGAUGGAUAUGAUGGCAACGGACUCGUCAAGUCGACGUUUGACCAGCUGUCCUUACCACAAACGCUGUGGGCUUUUAAGCGGGUCGUCCUCAUCUCGCUCGCUGUCUAUACUGGCUACGUCUGCGAAGGUUUCGAGCUCGGUGCCGGAGGCAGUGUCAUCGCCAACGCUGGCUUCGUCAAACAGUUCGGUGAAAAAGGUCAUACAGGCGUCAGGGCCCUUAAUCCUACUUGGGUGUCCACCUGGAGUGCUCUUCUCAAUGUUGGUCAAAUCGUCACGCUCACCUACAUUUCCUGGUUCGCCGACAGAUUCGGUCGAAAGACGUCGUUGUACGUCGCAUGGGCCUGGCUUGUCGUCGGUUGCGUGUUCCUCAACACUGCCAAGAGUCCCUCUGUGUGGGCCCUCGCGAAGCUUUGCAAUGGUGCAGGUAUCGGCGUCCUCCAAGUCACAUGCCAGAUUUACAUCAUGGAGAUCUGUCCAAACAGGAUCCGAGGUGGUAUGGUCGUUUUCCAAGCAGCCUGGAGUAAUAUCGGCGGCAUCAUAUGCUCUGUGAUGAUGCAGCAGCUGAACAAGAAGCACCCGGAUAAUUAUUUAUUGGCCAUGCGUGUCAUUUGGGCACCAGUUGGACUUAUGAUAAUCUUCUGGAUGUUUAUACCUGAGUCACCCUGGUUCCACGCUCGACGUGGGAAUAAAGAGAAAGCGUUAAAGUGCAUGCGGCAACUUUAUGGUGGUGUGAAGGGCUAUGACAUUGAGGAGGAAUAUGGCAUCAUCGCAAGGACUAUCGCACAUGAGAGCGCAAUGCUGCAGGAUCAGCCAAGAUACAUUGACGUCUUCAAGGGUCUGAACCUGAAACGUACACUCACCGUCAUGCUGCUCGCUAUCUCCCAGCAACUCGCUGGCCUUGUCAUAAUCAGUACUUACUCAACCUACUUCUUCGCCCUGGCUGGUUUAACCGAUCCUUUUCUUUGUACUGUCAUUCUCUCCUGCGUCAACCUCCUCGCUAUCUUGGUUUGGGCCUUUACCGCCGAUAAAUUUGGUCGACGCACCAUCAUCAACACGUGUCAGACGCUUGUUUGCGUCAUCCUUUUUGUUUGCGGUGGUUUAUACUGGACAGGGGCAACGAAACACAAUGCCAAAGCUGGCACUGGUUUGCUUGUCAUCUGCUGCUUUUGGACUUUCGCGGUCCAAAUUAUAAUAAUGUCAUACUACCUCUUCUCAGCCGAGCUGCCAUCUGCCCUUCUUCGAGUGAGAACCGGUCCCGUUACCUUUGUGACUAACUCGAUCAUCGGUAUUGCUACCUGCUAUGCUACCCCGCCCAUGCUUCUUGCACUUAGCGUCAAGGCCGGCUUCGUGUAUGGCGCUUUCUCCGUACCGAUAUGCAUCCUGAUGUGGAUCUACUUGCCUGAGACCAAAAGCCGCUCCGCCGCCGAAAUCGACGAGCUGUACGAGUCCAAGGUCCCCGCUUGGAGGUGGUCCGAGACUGUCACUGCUGCCGAAGAGCAGAUGCAACUCGUCGCACAAGUUAAGGGUAUUGGUGCCAAGGACCUCAAAGCUUAG